AUGUGCAGUGCUAGGAACAGCAAAGAUACUGCGCAGAACCCUCAAGCUCCCUGGCCUCUGGUAGAGGACCCGAGCUUAGAGAGGGAUAACCGCCCGCGGAGGGCCAAAGCUGCGGCGAUCCCUCCCACACCACCCCGUCCAGCCGCUCUUCACUUCCGCCCCCUCUGCCGCCCGGCCGGCGGCGCCAACCCCGCGGACUCACCCCCCCUCCCCCCCCCCACGCUCACUCGCACCCCCCGCGAUCCCCCGCCGGCCCUGCCAACCAGCCCUCCCGCAAAUUCCCCUCCCAGCACCGCGCUCCCCCGGGGUGCGGUGGCCCACACCCGUCGGGCGGCGCGCGCACGGCGCGCGGCCUCCCCCUGGCCCCGGCGCCCCCCUUCCUUCGCCUCCGACCCGCCGUUUUCAGCACAGGCGGUCUAUAUCUGGACCACCGGUCCCGCACCACUCAAUCCCCCGCGCCUCCCGCCCCGGUCCCCCGUCCGCCGUGCGCUCGGCCCGGGCCCACCCCCAAACCCGACCCGAGAGCCUCUCCGGGUCCCGCACACUAAACUCACCCCCACGACCCCCCCCCGCACCCCGGCCGCGCCCAGUGCCCGGGGGGGCCCGCGGGCGUAA